AUGUCAUUAGAAUAUGUGCGGCAUAGUUGUCACUAUGAUUUCAAAGUCUUAUGGUCCUAUCGACUUGGUCAUUCGCCCGUGGUAUCUCCACCAGUUAUUUUUGACAUUGAUGCAAAUGGUAUAAAAGAUGUCAUUGCUACAUCUUACGCAGAUCAGUUUACAAUUCUACAAGGCAACAGUGGUAAGCAUCUAGAAGGCGUCUGGCCACUACACAUGAAAGAGGUCACGAUGUAUUCCAGUCCGUUAUUGUAUGACAUUGACCAUGAUUUAGAGAUGGAUUCUUUAUUGUCCACCUAUGAUGGAGAGAUUAUUUUCUUUCGAAAUAACGGUACCAAAUUAAAGAAUAAGAAAAUUAAGAUUCCAAAGCAUAAAAUCAGCUAUCGUAAACAACAAUCAAAUACCGAAGAUAACAUUACAAUAAACACAAAUCAAGAGAAGUCAUCAAAAGAGAAGUUUCUCAAGGUUGAUCCUCAUAUUUUAGCGACACCAGCGAUUGCCGAUAUUAAUGGAGAUGGCGUAGAAGAGGAAAUAGUUAUUAUAGUAAAUUGGUAUUUCGAUAAUGGGAAUGUUAAGCAUCAUUUGAAUUCUCGCUCAAAUAUUACUAGCGGAGAUGUCAGAGAUGGCAUACAUUGUGGUGCUGUUGUCUUUAAUCUUACCAACGGUAAACUAAUUAAGAAAAUCGUACUAGAAUCGUCAAAGAUGACAUCGUUAUAUAAGCCUUAUGCUGUAGCUACACCCACACUCUUAAAUUUGCAACCGCAGACUAAAUCAGAUUUGGAUAUCUUAGUUGGUACACUUUCUGGAAACCUUUAUAUUGUUAACCUGCACUCUAAAGAUUAUCCAGAACCAGUGACAAUUGUUGAUAAUAUCCAAGGACAAAUAACUGUUGCAGAUCUAACUGACAAUGAAGGACUGGAGAUCAUAGUAACUGAUUCUAGCGCUAACGUAAAUUGUUUAUCAUCUAAAGGCGAAGUGAUAUGGGAUUCAAUGAUAUCUGGCACUUUCAUUGCCGGAAGUCGAACAGCCGAUGUCAACAAUGAUGCAAACCUAGAUGUGAUUACUGCCAGUAACGAUGGGUACGUAUGGGCCUUAGAUGGCAAAUCAGGCAAAACACUUAAACAUUGGCCAAUCAAUCUUCAUCAUCGAUUACACUCUGUAGUCUUAAUGACAUAUUUUCGAAAUAAUUCAUUACAUUUGGUAAUAUCGUCUAUCGAUGGCUACUUAUUUAUUAUUGACUUAAAAUCCCGUUGCCUAGAAGUAUUACGUUUUGGCACUCAUGCCGUUGGAGCAACUGUACAAAUUUUAGCAGAUGAUAUAGUUCCUGAAGUGCCUGGGCUAGAACUUAUUCUAGCAACUCUAGAUGGUAAUAUUAUAUGUUUAGGAGAAAAAGAAAAUGGUCAUAAACUUCAAACACCUUCAAAUGAUCUAAAUUCUUGGCCAUCUGAAACCCUGUCGUAUAAUGGUUUUACCCCAAGGAUGCAGAAUAUCGGCGUAAUUAUUAAAGAAUGUCCUCAUGAAGUGAACCAAAUGCAAUUUGCUAUAAAAUUUGAAAUUUACGAUAAUUCCAUGUCAAGACGUAUGUCAAAUAAUAAUCCCCCGUAUCAUGUGAAGAUUUACAUUGGUAGCAACCAUGUCCUUCUUAACACAAGCUAUCAGAAUGCUGGACUUUUUGAAGAAAAUUUAAACAGCUUAACUUAUCCCAAGAGAACGCUUCUGACUAUCCGAUUGACCAAUUACCAUUCCGAAACCAUAACAGACUCUAUUGCAAUCAGGUUAAAACCUUAA